AUGGUUCUUAAUAAAUUGUUCAAAUUAAAUACAGGUGGUUAUAUUCCAGCAUUAGGACUAGGAACAUGGCAAUCCAAACCAGAUGAAGUCUCUAUCGCAGACACUGCUUUUAUGUAUUUAAACGAAGAAGGGGUAGGACAAGGCAUUAAAAAUAGUGGAAUUCCUCGAGAGGAAAUUUUUGUAACAACAAAAUUAGCGUGUACCUUUCACUCUCGUGCAGAAGAAUGUUUAGAUCAAAGUCUAAAUAAAAUGAAAUUAGAUUAUGUCGAUCUUUAUCUUAUGCAUUGGCCUCUUUCCCUUAAUCCAAAUGGAAAUCAUAUUUUUUUCCCAAAAAAACAAGAUGGUACUUAUGAUAUUGAGAAAGGAUGGGAUUUCUUAAAAACAUGGAAAUCACUUGAAAAACUCCUAAGUACAGGAAAGGUAAAAGCUAUUGGAGUUUCAAAUUUUAGCACUGUGAAUUUGGAAAAACUAUUGGAAACAGCUGAAAUAAUACCAGCAGUCAACCAAUGUGAAUUACAUCCUUAUCUAUCACAAGAAAAACUUCUUAAAUUUUGUAUUGAAAAAGGAAUUCAUUUAACUUCAUACUCACCAUUUGGUUCUACAAAUACACCACUUCUAAAAGAGCCAAUGGUUACAGAAAUUGCAAAUAAAAAUGGAAUGACAGAAGCACAAGUCAUUCUUGCUUGGUGCAUACAAAGGGGUACAUCUGUAAUACCAAAAUCAGUAACUCCUUCACGAAUUAUAAGUAAUCUUCAAGUUUCUGAACUACCAGAAGAUGAUUUCUUAAGAUUAAAUGAACUUGGAAAAACACAUAAAGUUCGUUACAUUUCACUAAAUAAGGAUAUAACUAUUUUCCAUGAUGACGAGUAG